AUUUUUAAAGUUGACAUUGGAGGAAGUGAUCAAGCUUCAUUAUCAUACUUGUUCUUUGAAGGUGCAACUAAAAAAAACAGACCCAAUAUAAAGGUUGGAGACCUCAUUUAUGGACAGGUUAUUGUGGCCAAUAAAGACAUGGAACCAGAGUUGGCAUGCAUUGACAGUUAUGAAACAGCAAAUUGGAUGGGUGUCAUUAGACAAGAUGGCCUUAUGUUUAAGGUAUCCUUAGGACUAGUAAGAAAGCUUUUAAGACUCCAGAAUGACAUUGUCCAGGAACUGAUGAAUGUAUUUCCAUUUGAAAUGGUCAUUGGAAUGAAAGGAAGAAUAUGGGUUAAGACUAAAAAACUGUCCAACAAACUGUAA